UUGCGCAGGCGUACACCACGUACACCGAUGCUCGGAGCUGUCUUGGUCGGAUGCUAGCUGGCUAGCUAACGGUCUGUCAAGUCGCACACAUUGGGCUAGACGGGGGAAGCGCAACGGUGGAGAAGAAGGGCGACCCGAGCGCCGCUACGAAAUGGCCGGACAGCAGUUCCAGUACGAUGACAGCGGCAACACCUUUUUCUAUUUCCUCACGUCCUUCGUCGGACUUAUUGUGAUCCCGGCUACAUAUUACCUCUGGCCCCGGGAUCAGAAUGCUGAACAACUGCGGCUGAAGAGCCUGAGGAGGGUGCACGGCAGGUGCCUGUGGUACCGGCUCAGGCUGAUGAAGUCGCAGCAGAGCAUCGUCCCGACACUAAAGAAAGGCGCCUUGUUGUUUGGCUGGUUCGUGUUCCUGUUGCUAGCCUACAAGGUGUCCAAGCUGGACAGAGAGUACCAGGAGUAUAAUCCAUAUGAAGUCCUCAACUUGGAUCCGGGUGCAUCGCUGUCAGAAAUCAAGAAGCAAUACCGUGUGCUGUCACUCAAGUUCCACCCGGACAAAGGUGGUGAUGAGGCCACGUUCAUGAGAAUUGCCAAAGCCUAUGCUGCUCUGACCAAUGAACAGUCUCGACAGAACUGGGAACAAUACGGUAACCCAGAUGGUCCAGGAGCGACCAGCUUCGGUAUUGCUCUGCCCGCCUGGAUCGUUGACCAAAAGAACUCUAUGCUGGUGCUGUUGGUGUAUGGACUGGCCUUCAUGGUCAUCCUUCCUGUGGUGGUGGGCACGUGGUGGUACCGCUCCAUCAAGUACAGCGGAGACCAGAUCCUCAUCAACACCACCCAGCUCUUCAUGCAUUUUAUGUACAAGACGCCCAACAUGAACAUGAAGCGGUUGGCAAUGGUGUUGACGGCAGCGUUCGAGUUUGACCCUCGCAGCAAUAAGGAUGCUACCAUACGGCCGACGGACAACAUCGAAGUGCCGCAGUUGAUCCGUGAGUUGGGAAACAUCAAUGUGAAGAAGAAGGAGCCCCCGUUCUGCUAUCCCUACAGUUUGAAGGCCAGGGUCUUGGUGCUCGCCCACCUGGCCCGCAUGGACGUCUCCGAGGAGUUGGAGGAAGAUCAGAGGUUUGUGGUGAGGAAGAGUCCAGCUCUCCUGCAGGAAAUGGUCAACGUGGGCUGUCAGCUUACUAUGAUGGCCAACAGCAGAGGAGGUUUCCACGCUCCUCGACUGGUAACCAUAGAGAACUGCAUGAAGCUGACCCAAAUGAUAGUGCAAGGUCUGCAGGAGUCAAAGUCACCAUUGUUGCAGCUGCCCCACUUUGAGGAGGAGCACCUCCGCUACUGCGUCUCUAAGAAGUAUAAAGUUCGGAGCCUGCAGGACCUGGUGAGUCUCAAGGACUCCGACAGACGCAGCAUGCUGCGUUUCUUGGGGGACGAGAAGUACGAUGAGGUCUUGUCAGUGCUGGGCAGCUUCCCUCACAUCACCAUGGACACCAAACUGCAGGUCCUCGAUGAUGAAGACAGCAAUAACAUCACAGCAGGGUCUAUCGUCACAGUAACUGUCACCUUAACCAGAAAACGGAUGGCGGAGGUGUUUGAAAAGGAACAGGAUUCUGCACCGUGUCUAACGGAGGAGUCCGCUGCUACAGAGGAAGCAGGCGACGCAAGUAAAGCCAAAACAAAAGUGUGGCAGAACAAGAAUAAAGCUGCUAAGAAGACAGCCAAGUCAAAGAAGAAAAAAUUAACCAAGAAGAAGGUCACUCCUGUACCUGCAAAAACCAAGCAGGCCAACGGCAAUGUGGCCGGGAAUGAAGUUGUAGCGACAACAGCAGCAACAGCAGCAGUAGUAAAGGAGGAAGAGGAGGAGGCCUCGGACAAAGGCAGCGAGUCGGACGAGGGAGAAGCCAACAAGGACUCUCCCAGCGAGAGAGACGAAGACAGCGACAAGCAGAGCGACACGGAGGUGGACGAGAUGGCAGGCGACGACGAGGAGGAGUGGGAGGCGUUGCAGCAAAGCAUCCAGAGGCGGGAGCGCGCCCUGCUUGAGACCAAGUCGAAGGUGACGCACCCCGUCUACAGCCUCUACUUCCCCGAGGAGAAGCACGAGUGGUGGUGGCUCUACAUCGCCGACCGCCGAGACCAGACCCUCGUCUCCAUGCCGUACCACGUCUGCACGCUGAAAGACACGGAAGAGGUGGAGCUGAAGUUUCCAGCCCCCUCAAAGACGGGCAACUACCAAUAUUCUGUCAUCCUUCGCUCUGAUUCCUACCUCGGACUGGACCAGAUAAAACCACUCAAGCUGGAGGUCCACGAGGCCAAGGCCAUGCCGGACAACCACCCUCAGUGGGACAUCCCCGACACGGAGGAGGAGGACGAGGAGCAGGAGGACAGCGACGGCAUCGAGGAGAGUGAGGACGACGACGAGGACAACGACUAAAAGCGAAAAUACACACACGCUCACCUCCCCACCCACCCCCCAACCCCCCUUACACAUACACACACACACACACCCUGAUCGACUGGCCGACCACCCACUCCUCACCCCAAAGCAGCACUCAAGAACAGCGAACGAGGAGCAGCAGAGCUGCGUCCACCAUACACACUAACACACACAUUUAUAUAAAUAUGAUAACCGGGGACAGUUUAUACACACAGAUCCCUCCUUCUUUUCUUCCAUUUUAUCUUUACACGGACCCCCCCCCCACCUUUUCUACAGAGACUUGUUAACUUUCCGUUGCUGGCGGAGGGAAUCCUGUGAAUACUUAUCCAGGCUCGUGUGAGUGGAUGGUGUGUGUGUGUGUGUUUGUAUGUGUUUGUUAAGGUAUGAUAGAUUGACACACUGUGGACUGGAGGACCUAAUAUUAUCUGGGCUUUUUUUUCUUUUCUUCUUCUUUGCGGGGUGGGGGGGGUGACGACGGGGGGGAGGAAACGUACAACCGCUAUUUCCGUUUGCAAAAUUAACAGAAACUCCCGACCUGCGUGUGGACUUUGUGGCAUCGCUCUCGCUCCUGUUUUUUAAAGUAAAAUGGCACUAAUGUUUUCCACACCAAUGCUACUUUCUAUUGUAAAAAUUACAAACUGCAGAAGCGCGAGUUUUGGCCCCAUUUGUCGGGGGUCCCUUCCCUUCAUUUCCUCGUUUUACUGUCCCUUGUAUGUUCUGCUCGCUGUGUUUAGGGAGCCGUCUACAGAUGAGAGCUGAUCCCCAGUCAGUUCUGUUGAUGAUGCUUGUUCUGCUCCUGUGAUCCGCGUCCGACUGUGUUUUUCAGAACCAACUGUUGAAAGCAGGUGAUAAUCAAAAUGAAUUAGCCUCAAAAUAUGAUGGGGGGGGGGGGCAUAACUUUCAGUGUUCAAAUUUUAGAAACUAUCCAGUACUUCUUCUUGUCCAUUUAUACAACUUAAAAGCUUCAGUCUUUUGAAGGGGUUCAGAUACCGAUGUAUAGAUAUCUAUCAAUUCAUUCUUGUGGCUUUUCAGAGAAGUGAUUUUUCUUUUCUUUCUUUUUUUCUUUCAUCCUUUUUUCCUUUUUAACAAUUGUAGCACAUUCCAGUGUAUACUCUGUCCAAAAAAGGCCUUAUGAAUACAACUGAAGUACCACAACAAACAUGCCCUCGGGUGCUAUGGUGGUUCUUUGGACAGCGGAAAAAAAGUCUGUUUUGCACCUGCGUGAGAAUGUGUAUUCAAAGGUCUCUUUAAGGUAAACGAUGCUCCAGUCGGGGAGCACAUAGCACAGAUGUUUGCCAGGACAUCACCGCUCAGAUGUCCAGUUUUGUCUCAGCCCCACAAAGACAGACUAACGGGAUUAGAGCCCGAGAUCCCCGACCAAAACAGUGCGCGUGAUCUGAAAAGUGUGCGUCCAACAAAGGAACCGGUUGAAAGUACCCUUGUUUCUGUAGUCAUUAAAGCAGAACAAGCUUCAUUUUGUAAUGACUACUGCCAUUCAGAUGUAAGGCUUUUUUCCCUCCAUAAUCUCAUCUCAAAAGUUUUCCACUUUAAAGUGUCUUUUCUUUCUAACAAAUGUUACUCAUGUCAUGUUUCGUUCCAAUUUAUCCGUUGUUGUUUUUUUUUUUUUUAAUCCGUUAGAUUCCAGUGAAAAAACACACACACACACACACACACACACAAAAUAGCCUCGUUGUGCUCUGGGCUUACUGUGUGUGUGUGUGUGUGUGUCAAUUUUAUUCAGACAGGGGUGCGAAUAUUUGUGGGCUCGCGCUCCUGAUGUCACAUGACCCACACGCGCUCACUACGCCCUCCUGUAAUUGCGUUCAAAGCAGCAGGUAAUAUUGUACUCUGGGUAUUUAUCGCUCUGCAAUAGAAUGUAGCAUCAGCGAUUUGUUUCGCUGUGUGGAAGAAAAAAAUGAAUAAAUAUACAAAGAAAGGAAAAAAAAAACUGCAGCGAGGUUAAAAAUCACACAACCCCAUUUCUCCCUCGCUGACCUUUUCCAGGCGGCCGGCGAAACUACCCGACGACUAUGUAUCUGCCACUUUUGUUUACAAAGGAGCUGUCAUUGUAAAUGGAAAAAUAUAUUAUUUGUAUUUAAAAUCAUUUCAAAUAAAAACUUUUAAAUGA